CUUCGUGCUGACACGUCAUCUUAUGGUUCUCCAGCGACUCGCGGCGACGCUAGCGUUGCUCUCCGCAUGUGCGCACGCCUCCGACUGGCGCGGCAUCUCCCCCGAGUUGCAGCACAAGCUCACCGCCGUCUCUAGCUUCACUUGUGACAAUAGCCAGCAACGGCUAGAGCUCUCACGUCUGAAUGACAACUAUUGCGACUGUAUGGACGGUAGCGACGAGCCGGGCACGUCGGCGUGCUCGCAUACUGCUGCAGUCUUCCACUGUGUGAACGCCGGCUUCUUCUCGACCGACGUGCCGACGUCACGCGUCAAUGACGGCAUCUGUGACUGCUGCGACGGAUCGGACGAGUUCGCGAGUGGUGUAUCCUGCGCCUCACAAUGCGCCGAGAAGAUGGAGGCGUUCAAAGCGGACAAAAAAGACCUGAUCGAGCAGGUGGACGCGGGUCUGAAGGACCGCGUCACUCUGGCCGCAGAGGCUCAGAAGCUUUGGGACGAGGAACAAGAGAAGAAGAAGCAGCUUGAGACGUCAGCGUCGUCGUUGAAGGUUAUGGUGGAGCAGCUAGAAGCGAGGAAGGCGGAGGAGGAGAGACAGGAGGCACAGGAGAAGGUCAAGCGUAUAGCUGCUAGUAAGAACGAGAUUCUGGCGCAAUUGGGACUACUGGAUCUGUCAAAAGAGCAGUUAUUGUCAAUUAUCCUGGAGAUCGGACGUAAUGGCGUCUCGGCGAAGCACGAGCUGCUGCCGAUUGUCCGGAAGGAGCGCGAGAUAGCUCACGAAGGCGAGGAAGAGCUGGCGAAGACUGUGACGGAGGAAAAGGACGAGGCAUUCAAGGAACGUGACGAUGCGCGUGAGAAGGAGACACGUCGCAUUGAAAAAUUGAUUGAAGAGCGCGAAGAGAAGAAGACGCAGGCUGAAGCUGCCGAAGAUGGGGAGACAGUGGAGACUGCAUCGACGCAGGAGGAAGAUCUGACGCUGCCAGAGGUGGAGACUCGUCCCAUUGACUUGCUGUAUGAAGAUCUGGCUGCAAGUGAGCGGUACGAGUGGGUCCAAGCAGUGUUGACUCGGAAGCAGCAUGAGGACACGAAGAAGGAGCUGACAGAGGAGGAGAAGAAGCUGUCUGAGACUCAGAAACGUCUGGAGAAGAACUACGGCGAGGAUCACGUGUUCUUUGCUCUGCGUGACAAGUGCGUCGAGUCUGAGGCGGGACAAUACACGUACAAGGUUUGCUUCUUCGGUAAAGCCACACAGGACCACACCAAACUGGGCGAUAUGGAGGACAUCAAGAGCUCCGAGUCGACUGAGGGUGAAGACUCUACGCUGACGGUGAAGGAGAUCAAGUUCUCGAACGGCCAGAAGUGCUGGAAUGGCCCCAACCGAUCGCUGACGAUCACGAUGGAAUGCGGUCCAGAGCCCAUGCAUCUGUCCGAAAUUGAAGAGCCCAGCACCUGUGUGUACUCGGCCAAGCUGCGUACGCCUGCUGUGUGCAGUGAAGAAGAUCGCGAGCGGAUCAUGAUUCUGGAUGACGCGAAGAUUGCACCUCACCACAUCGAAGUUGAGGUUAAGCCCACACUGUGAGUUGACUCUACGGAACUAAGUGGAGCAGUUGUGUCAUUGCACGUUGGUUCUUGUCAAUACUGGAAGUACAGAUGAACAACGAAUAUGUUGCC